AGACAUCAUCUCUCUGUGCCACACACGCUCGCUCGCUCGCUCACACAUACAUACACUUCUCUCUUGGUCUUUCCCUUUCUCUCCUCUUUUUUCUUUUACUUUUUUCUUCUUUAAGAAUCCCUCAGACUCAGACUAUACAUUACACACCUGCAGUGCGUAGUUAGGAUAAAGAAAAGAAAGUCACAGAAGUUAUGUUGUGUGUGUGAGUGUACUGAGAGAAGAGUAUUUGCUAGCUGAAGAAGAGAUAAAAAAGAAAGGGGAAGUUCAUCAGUUAGAAAUUCAAGUGAUUUUGCUAGAGAGAGAGAGAGUGAGAAAGAGAGAGACAUGGUGGGCUCAGGAGUAUCAGAUAGGAGCAAAGAAGCUGUUGGGAUGAUGGCACUUCAUGAGGCUCUAAGAAGUGUUUGUCUUAAUACAGACUGGACUUACUCCGUUUUCUGGACAAUAAGACCUCGCCCGAGAAGCAGAGGUGGUAAUGGCUGCAAAGUGGGUGAUGAUAAUGGUAGCUUGAUGUUGAUGUGGGAAGAUGGGUAUUGCCGAGGGAGUUCAGUAGCUGAGUGUCUUGAACAAAUUGAUGGAGAAGAUCCAGUGAGGAAAGCUUUCAGCAAAAUGUCCAUUCAGUUGUACAACUAUGGAGAAGGGCUGAUGGGAAAGGUUGCUUCUGAUAAAUGUCAUAAAUGGGUUUUCAAAGAACCUUCUGAAUGUGAACCUAACAUCUCUAACUAUUGGCAGAGUUCUUUUGAUGCUGUUCCUCCUGAAUGGACUGAUCAGUUUAACUCAGGUAUUCAGACAAUAGCAGUUAUACAAGCUGGUCAUGGUCUCUUACAGCUAGGUUCUUGCAAGAUAAUAGCCGAAGACUUGCACUUUGUACUCAGAAUGCGACAUACUUUUGAAUCCCUUGGUUAUCAGUCUGGGUUUUAUCUAUCCCAACUAUUCUCUUCAACUAGGAAUUCGUCGUCGUCUUCUAUUCCUAUGAAGCAAUGUGGUACUCCAAUUCGCCCUCCACCGCCUAUUUUCAAUUGGAGCCAAAGGCCACUCCCAUCUGUCGCUUCACAACAUUACCAAAACAUGACGAGACUUGGAUUACCACAGAACAAAGAUGAAACCCAUCAUUUUAUGCUCCCAAAUUCCUCUGAUGCACAAAUGGAGGAUAUGAUGGCCGAACACGAAGCUGACAUAAAAUGGCCUAAUGGGUUAUCUUUCUUCAAUGCUCUCACUGGACGAGCUGAUGAUGCCAAACUUUUAUUUGGGGCAGACGGGGUUGGAAACAAAUCAAACCAACAGCAACAGCAUCACCAUCCCAAUCUUGGAGGGAAGAAUUCAAAUUCGGCAACAAAUCUUUCUAGCAAGGCCGAUGAAACCAAGGGAAAUUCGGAAACUUCGAAUUCACAUAGCCUCCAUGGAAACAGAAGCGAAAACAAUCCGAGCGGUGAAAAUGUGAAUGACUACUUGAGCUUAGAGAGCCAUGGUCACAAUGUUAAAAAGAUGGAGAAAAAUUUCAAGAGGAGUUUUACGUUGCCUGCAAGAAUGGCCACAUCAUCUUCUUCAUCCUCAAUGGAUCAACACCAUCCACAUCAUCCAGUAGAUUAUAAUAGAAACCCUGAAGCUGGUAUGUACUCGGAUUUCAUCGACAAUUUCCUAGAGUAGUUAGUGAUAUGCUAGAAAGAAAAACCGUGUACUGGAGUGAAGGGGUUUUGAAAGUUGUAUCUAAUAGCGAACAAGCUUUCGCUUUUUCAUCUACUGCUCAUAUGCCUUUGCUUUAAGUUGGAGCUUGUGUUCUGGUUCGACCCUCUUUGUUGCUUAUCAAUUUUGCUUUCUUUUGACUCUA